UCUUCAUUAUGCUUUUUGUUAAGUCUUAGGCCUAUUAUUAAAAAGUAUCAGAUUGUCAAUGAUAAGACUUGUGUCGUCUCCUAUGAAUCCCCUGGCGUACAAAGGUUAACCAAUACUUAACAAUCUACUAUUUGUAAUUUAACACGUUAUCUUUUUUCAUAUCCAUUGUAAUACGUCAUUAAGGUGCGCCUUCGUGAUUAAAAAUGUACAUUAGCUAUUAUUACAAGAAGACAUAGGAUCUAUAGCGCAAAAGCUAAAGCAAACACUCAGCAAGUGGUAUGUUCAUUUCCCAUUCUAUUCAUCACCCUUGUAAAACUAAUGCGGAUGAUUACUUAGAUUUAUCUAUAAAUGACAACAUGUUCUGUCAGCGACAUAAAGAUCUCCAGUUACAAAAUAUUAAGAAUAACAACGUGUAGUUUAAAAUAUAAACAUGCACAGUUACACUUUCAUCAAAGGAAAACUUUUCAUUAAGAUUUGGUGAAGACAGACAAAAAGUAAUUUCCAUGGUAAAAGUUGUCGCAGGAGAUGUUUCAAAUAAGUGUUACCGUUUUAUUAAUGAUCUCGAGCGUUCUGUGUGAUAAUUAUGCAACAUUUCGCUUUGCCAAUCACUAUGCAGAUCACAUGGUGCUACAAAGGUCGCCACAGCGCGCAUUUUUGUGGGGAUACAGUGAUACUUAUACUACCAUAAGCGUUUCAGUAAAGCAUACGAAGACAAGCGAAAGACAAACUUAUCACACUAAAACAUUCAAAGAUUCACGUGGUUUUAUCGUAUGGAAAAUAGCGCUGGAACCUCACAAAGCCGGAGGACCGUAUGAUAUUAUUUGUAAAUCAAAUGUUGGCGGUGAAACCAUUCGUCUGCGUGAUAUUUUGUUUGGUGAUGUAUGGUUUUGCAGUGGUCAAAGUAACAUGGCAUUUUUUACGUCAAGCUCAAUGAAAGCAGAGAAGGAAAUGGAUCUUGCGCUUAGCUAUCCGAAUAUUCGAUUAUUUACAGUGGCCAAUUACUUUUCAAAUGUAACAAUACACGAGUUAAAAAAGAAAAGUAUUCAUCUUCAAUGGAGCAUACCAACAUCAAGCAAAGUGUCAGGAUUUUCAGCAUUAUGUUGGAUGUAUGGUAGACGAUUGUUUAAUCAAUAUCAUGUUCCAAUUGGUCUAAUCUCUUCUAGUUUUGGUGGCACGCGUAUAGAAGCUUGGUCGUCACCAGAUAUGUUAGCAAGAUGUAACGCGUCUAGCAACAAUCCAAAUUCGGCAUCACAACUUUGGAACGCCAUGGUAUAUCCAUUAUUAAAGACCAGCAUAUUUGGUGUGAUUUGGUACCAAGGAGAAAGUAAUACUCCAAAUCCAGAUACAUACAACUGCACCUUUCCAGCUAUGAUUGCCGGAUGGAGAGAAAAAUGGUACAAAUCUACUGAGAAAAGUACAGACCCAAUGUUUCCCUUUGGAUUUGUUCAGAUCUCUGUUUGUACUCAUGAUUCUCCACAUCCAAACUACACAGUAAUAAGAUGGAAACAAACGGCUGAGUAUGGGUAUGUACCAAACCCAAAACAGCUCAAAACAUUCAUGGCCGUCGCUAUGGACCUGCCUGACGAUGCAUCUCCAUUGUCAGGUGUUCACCCCCGCUAUAAAAGUGAUAUCGCUGAUAGAUUAGUUUUGGGUGCACGUAAUAUCGCUUAUAAUGAAGAAACAUAUUGGACAGGUCCUAUAAUGGAAAAAGUGCUGGUUUCGACAAAAUGUGAUGACACGUGUGUGCUGACUGUAAUUUACAAAAAAGAUUCUCUGAGAACAUUUGGAAUUGAAAUUCGAACAAAUGUUGGGUUUGAGGUUUUCUUUAACCAUUCAAAAAUAUGGACUGGAUUUAACAUUACAUCACACAAAAAAGAUCGUUUAUACAUCACUAUCAAAAAGCAACCAUUAGACAAAAUUACUGCUGUACGAUAUGCAUGGAAACUGGAACCAUGCUUGUUGAAGUUGUGUGCAGUUUACGGAGCUAGUAGAGAUUUGCCAAGUCCACCUUUUAUUGCGUAUGGUCCAUUUCUCGAAAAUGAAGUUUAACUUUUGGCAUGACUAUUUUAUUAACUUUUUCUGCAUUUUUAAUUAAAAUUUUCUAUGUGAGCGCACUUUUUUAGAUACUCAAAAGUAUUGUCUCAUUUAUAUAAUUUAAUUAUUCCUGGAAAAAUACACGUGUUUGCCUGUCAUACAUAUUUUGGUCAGCGUUAUAUCAUACAACAUUGCCAUAUAAUAGCAAAUAGGAUUUUAUUUUAAACAAGAUACGACUGGUCGAUAUUCCGUGGAAGGAUCUUUGGGUUCGCCAAAUUUCAUAUACUACUCCUCAUAUAUUUGUCUGACCUACUCGGUAACCCAUUUGGUACAUUCUUAUUUUCAUGGUUGUAUAAAAAUAAAGUUAAUCUGUUGGUGGUUGAAAAUAUAGCUAAAUUAAACUAUCUUACACAGGUAGACGACAUGUGUUAUUAUUAUAGGAAAGAUAUGGUAAAUAUAAGGACAAGAAGUGAUAUUGUUGAUAUUUAAUGUACGUAUACUUGCUAUGUGCUAUGCCUACAAAUUUUAUAUAAGUUUUUAAUAUAAGUGAUAUAAGUUAUAUGUUUUGCUAUAUUUUUCUUUUCUACCGAGAAACGAGUACAAUGAUACUUCCUUUAUACAGUGGAAAGACCGUAUAACUCUUCUUUGAUUGGCUGAAAUAGGGUGAAAAUGUUUUUCCAUUAAACGAGACUUACCUUAAGUUGAAGUUUGUUAAUAAUCUUAUGUGUUAAUUGUUCCCAAGAUGUAUGAAAGUUAAGUGAGAAUGAGCGCAACGCGCAAAUUAGGCUUCACAGCGAUGACAGUCUACUCACUGGACGGUCAAGCCAACGAUGUCAACCACCAAGGAGUUAACUAGCUGUAGUGGAAUAUUUUAAUAAGAUAUAAAGGGUAAUAAGUCAUUUUCUCGUUAUUGCGAUCUUAACACCACAGGUUUCAGCAGAUAUAGACGAGUAUGAAUUGGAAAAGUUCUUAAUAAUAUCCGAAUUGCUCAACAUUAUCUUACACCAUGGAGAAAUUGUCUCCAUUAAGACAGGUUUAUAACCAGCUUUGACCAGGACUUAAGAUCGCCUGUUUUUGUCAAGUAACAGGUAAAAUUUCAAAGGACGCAUAAUUUUGCUUUCCUAAAUUUUCAUCAAGUUAAGUCCACGAUCUGCA